CACAUAUAUAUAUAGAGCAAGCAGGGAUGGGCCUGCUUUCAUUUACCUGACUGACAAGGGGCAUGGCAGCUAAGAUCACUGGGAGUGUUCUGGUGACCGGGUCCAACCGGGGGAUUGGCCUGGAACUGGUCCGACAGCUCUGUGAGUCCACUUGCCCCCCAAGCCAGAUCUUUGCUGGAUGUCGAGACCCAAAUGGACCCAGAGUAAAGGCAUUGAAGGAACUGGCACAAAAACACCAGCAUCUGGUCACCAUUGUGGAACUGGACACAACAAACCAGGCCAGUAUAACAGAGGCCGCAAAGGUGGUGGGAGGCCAGCUGAAGGACAGGAGCCUGAAUUUACUCAUCAACAAUGCCGCUGUGAACAUCCCCGGCUCCCUGACUGAGACGGGAGAGCAGCAGAUGAUGCAAGUGUUCCAGACCAACACCGUGGGACCACUGCUUAUGAUUAAGGAGUUCCUGCUGUUCCUGCGCACAGCUGCGGCCCAGUCAGGUGCUCAGCGUGAGAUGUCCUCCCAGAGAUCAGCUGUUGUUAAUGUCUCUACUCUCAUCUCCUCCAUUGAGAAGUGCCCCGAGACCUUCCUCCACGCACCAAUGUAUCCAUACAGAGUCAGCAAGGCUGCACUGAACAUGCUGACGCGCUGCUUGUCCGAGGAUCUGAAGAAGGACGGCAUUCUGGUCAUGGCCCUCCACCCAGGCUGGGUGCAGACAGACAUGGGGGGCCCAGAGGCUCCGCUGUCAACAGAGGACAGUGUGACUGGCAUGCUGAACGUCAUCUCCUCGCUCACAGAGACACACAUGGGCACUCUUUUGGACUGGGAAGGGAACCGUAUCCCAUGGUGACGGGUCGAAGUAUCACAGUAUGAGCUCAGAUCAGACCUACUGUGAUUCAACAUAAUAUAAGCUCUUUUGUAUUUUUUUCCCUUUAUAUUGUUGAUUUAUGAGAAUAAAGACAUCAGUCAGA